CCAUUUUGGAUAUAUCGGUGAUCUCAAUAUCCAUGAUCUCUUUUACUCAGUUACAGUGUAUUCUUACUGCGGAAGGCACCUCAACAACAUCACAGAUGUGUCUGGGGUUUAUUGCUUUCACCACUUUUCUGUUGAAAGGUGCACUCUGCCAACAGUGGAUUCUGUGGACGCCCCAAAGCAUUGUGGCUGUUGGUGGAUCCUGCCUACUGGUCCCAUGUAGAUUUGAGAUCCCUGCUGAGUUUGAUGAUGACUUGAAAAACUGCACACCCACUGGGCUUUGGAAAAAAAAUAUAAUUUGGGGAAAUAUAGUAUUGAGCUCAGCCAAAACAGAUGCCCAAAACAUCAUUAAGGGAGAGAUGGUGGGAAAUCUGUUGAACAAGAACUGCACCACCAUUUUCAACAGUUUCCCUGCAGGAUAUGAUGACACAUAUUUCUUCAGGCUGGAAUGUGCUGGAACAAAUCGCCUCAAGUAUACUUUCUCCUCAGGAGUAAAUAUCAGUCAUGCAGACUCCCCACCCAAACCCCAACUAACCCCUAUGGGCAACAUCACAGUGGGGGAGCGGGUUAGACUGAGCUGCUCUGCCCCCGCCCCCUGCCCUACGUUGCCGCCCUCUCUGACCUGGACCUCUGGGCUAGGUGGCAUUGUUGAGAGCCAGCUACAGGAGGGUUUAGAUGGGCUCAUGACCAUGACCUCCACCCUGACCUUUACUGCCUCCCUCCCCCAUCACGGGAUGAUGAUCAAAUGUUCUGCCUGCUACACACUGCAGCCAGGGGCCACCACAAAGACGACUCAGGGGAACCUGACCUUCAAUGUUCUGUAUCCGCCUAAAAACACUGUAGCCCUGUCCAGCCCAUCUGGGCCUGUGCCCGAGGGGAGGGCAGUGACCCUGACCUGCCAGAGUGAUGCCAACCCACCGGUGGAGCGCUACUCCUGGUACAAAGACAUCAGUGGGCAGGUGAUCUGGAAGGCCAAUGGGCAGACACUGGUCCUCCUGGUCAGUAAGGCAGACAGCGGGCUGUACCUCUGUGAGGCCCACAACCAGAAGGGAUCACAGAGGUCAAAGGUCAUGCCUCUGGAGUUCGAAACUGGCCAAUGUUCCAUGAUGGCCCCCUACAUCAUCUGUGGAGUGAUUGUGUUGCUCUAUGUUCUGACCGUCACCGUGGAUGUGUAUAAAUAUAAAAGUCUGUCCAGAAGACUGAAACAGCAGCUACAGCUGUCAGAGAAAGGAGACAACACAUACACUAACCUAACGAUCGCCAGCAUCAGCGCUGACUAUGACCAACUCCAGAUGACCAGGGCUGCCCCAGGUGAAAGAGCAGCUCCUUGAAACCACAUGGCAAAACAGAUCCAGAUUUGACCUUUGCAUUUGACCUUUGUUGUAUGGAAAAUGCAAAUAUCUUUUCAUUUUUCUUUCUUUCAUAUUGUAUAUUUAGAUCGCAAAAUACAUUAUAUUAUAUAUUUUAACCUGAAUGUCAUCACCUCUGCUAGUGUAUUUUAUCCUGAAAGAGUUCAAAAUGACCCAGAGGCGACGUGCAACAGAUCUUUUUUAAAGGGGGCACUGAUGGCCAAAUUGGAUGUCUUUGGAUUGAUAUGUAAAAUAAACCAUAUCUUCUGUAUUUUCAGUGUACAAAUGGAUAAACUGAGGAGGUGCCUGCCCCCAGUUUCAAUUCUUACACCUCAAUGUGUAAGAAUAUAUAUCUGGAUUAAUGCAAUGGUUUAUGCACUGAUAUAUGUAUUUCCUAGCACAAACCAUGAAAAACAGCCCCAGACAAUUAUUGCUCCCAGACGUUUCCACUUCACAAUAACUGACCGGGGCAG